ACUAGUGCGCUUGUACAGAGAGGAAGAAGAUUUGAGAUUUAGCCUUCUCUCAGCUCCACUCGGGUUGACGGAUUUUUCCAUUUAUUUGGACAUCCAUGUUGUAUGUGGAGGCCGUGUGAUCAAUAUGAAGCCGAGCGAUGAAGUACAGAAGCCGAUUCGGUUGAUGGCGGCAGCGUGCAGAAAUAUGGGCAUAGGCAAGGAUGGGCGCCUUCCAUGGAACCUGCCGACGGAAUUCCAGUUCCUUUUGAAUACCAUCACAACUGUGUGUAAACCAGGAAAGAAGAACCUGAUCAUAUGGGGUAAAUACAGCUGGUUCUCCUGCCCAGAGAGUGUUUUCCCCUUGGCUAACAGCCUCAAUGUGGUUCUGAGCAAAACAUUGACGUCGGUCCCAAAGCAUGCUCACUACAUGUGUGAGGAUUUUGUCAGUGCAGUUAAACUGGCCUCUCAUCCUCCUCUCAGUGACCUUGUAGAGACCAUCUGGAUCUUAGGAGGAACUCAGGUGUACAAGGACGCUCUGGAGCACCCUUGGUGUGACCUCAUCUACCUCACUGACAUCAUGGCUGGCUUUGACUGUGAUGUUUUUUUCCCAAGUUUUGACCAAAAUGUUUAUAGAAAACAAAACAAGUUCCCUGGUGUGCCAAAUGAGAUUCAAGAAGAAAAUGGCAUCAAAUUUCGAUUUCAAGUCUUCAGGAAGGAAAAGUGACGAAACAGCUACAGUGAGAAGUUGGAAGGACUAUUUCAAUCAAGUGUGUCUUAUUGUGCAUGCUGAAAUAAUGACUCAGAAAUAUAAACUGUAUUUUGUUAA